UGCUGUGUCAUGUGACGUUUGUUUACUUCCGCCCGCUCCUGGACCGCACGUGGAGGAAAAGCUGCUCUUCAUGAGCGCCUUCAGCCCGGAGGAGGCCCAGAGGGUCCUCCAUCACCUGCAGACGCCUGCAGUCUUCACCAACAUGGCCGCUGGCUGGCCGGCUCUCCUCUGGACCGCCGAGCACCUGUCUCACCGUCUCGGGGACAAAGUCGUCCGGUUCAGACUCGGAAGGAAAGAGGAGACAAACACGCCUCUGUUUGAAACCCAGUGCUCCUAUGUGGAGGCCCGGCUGGAGGACUUCCUCUGCUGGACCCGGGGCCAGACCGGGCCUCAUGCGGGGCCCUUCUGUAAAUACCCCAACUCACAGUACUGGGCCUAUGCGGACUACAAGUACAUCGCCCUGCUGUUCCAGGAUCAGCCGUCCAUGUUCGAGGAUGUGAAGUGGUCCGACUUUGGCUUCGAGGGCCGCGGCGGGAGGGAGAGCACCUUGUGGGUCGGCACGGCGGGCGCCAACACGCCGUGCCACCUGGACUCGUACGGCUGCAACCUGGUGCUGCAGGUGCAGGGACGGAAGCGCUGGCACCUCUUCCCCCCAGAGGACACCGAGAAGCUCUACCCGACCAGGAUCCCCUACGAGGAGUCCAGCGUCUUCAGCCGGGUCCACGUGGUCCACCCAGACCUGAAGAGGUUCCCUGCGUUUAACGGGGCCAGAGCCCACGUCGUGACCCUGCAGCCCGGACAGGUGCUCUACGUUCCCCGACACUGGUGGCACUAUGUGGAGUCUCUGGACCCCAUCACGGUCAGCAUCAACUCCUGGAUCGAGCUGGAAAUGGACGACCUGGCGAGGGUCGGCGAGGCCGUGACAAAAGCUGUCGUCUUCGCCCUGAAAGCCGACGCCGACACGGACGACUGGCUCAACCCCACCGAGGCCGGCGUGGCGUCCCACCAGGACAACAUGCAGAGUGUGAACCUGGCCCUGAGGGCUUGUGCUCGGGGACGUGCCGCCCAGCCCCGGACCACCCUGACCCGGGACCCGGGGGACCCCGGCGACGCUCGCCCAGCCAAGCGGGAUUCUGGGGGACAAAUCAGGGAAAGGCGCGGGGCCUCCGGGCCCUUCAGGGUUCGCUUUGGACCGCAUCUGGUCCCGGUGCGCCGUGCGGCCUCACCGGAAACCACAACGGCUCCGAAGGUCAACUCCUCUGGAGAUGUCUCUGAAGAAGAAGAAGGCGGCGGCUUACCUCGAGAUCGACCAACCGGGACUCGCGAGGAGCCCGAACACGCCCCCAUAACCACCGACGACCUGCUGGACUGCCUGCUGCACCCAGACGUCAUCGCCCGCGUCACGGAGCUGUUACUGGGGCGCCGGACAGGAAGUCAUGAGACAUGACGGACAGGAAGUCACGGGACACGACGGACAGGAAGUCAUGAGACAUGACGGACAGGAAGUCAUGAGACAUGACGGACAGGAAGUCACUGGACACGACGGACAGGAAGUUACUGGACACAACGGAGAGGAAGUCAUGAGACAUGACGGACAGGAAGUCACGGGACACGACGGACAGGAAGUCACGGGACACGACGGACAGGAAGUUACUGGACACGACGGACAGGAAGUCACGGGACA